AUGACUGGACUAUGGGUUUCUGGUUUCCUCAUUUAUUACUUUGGCGUAGCUCUCUUACUACUGUUUCACGCUGCAGGAACAGUCGUCGCGGCAGUCAACUUCGAUCAGUGUCUGAACGAUAUCGUUCAGAAUGCAAAUACUACUGGCGACUUAAAUGGUUUACUCGAUGGUAACGGAAAUCCCGUAUCAAAUAUCACUGAUGCAACAUCGAUCAGCUACUAUAUGUGUACAUCCAGCUGCGGGACUGGGCAAGAAGCUUUCCAGUGGUCUGAAUUUUCGCAAGAAUUCAGCGCGUGGCUGCUGCCAAAUCUUGCACUGAUUUCGCAGCUCCCCUUUGGGGCACAGUACAGGCUUGAUAACCUCAUGUCUGCUGUGUUGACCAUUGGAUCACCGACACUCGCCGGUUACUCUUUAUUCAUUACCCUCCUCAACUCUCGCUGGAUCACCCGCCGAUUUGACUUGCUGAACGAUCAUCCUAAUUCACGCUUCGCCCUCUCUAUCUUGAGCAGUCUUCAACAAGUCCCUCUUAGACUGCAUCCUGAUCGCGAACGCUUACCCUCUCUCAUCCUUCCGGAAACCGAGUGGUGGAAAUGUCUCGCUGAAUUUGUGGACUACACCCAUACGUGGUCAAUCGCGUCCGCAACCUCCAUUGCAUGGGUCAUUGUCGCCUAUAUCCUGACAGUUGCCAACUCACUAUCUAACGUUUAUGCAAACGUUCAAUCCAACGGAGAGGCCACUGGUUCAAUGUGGUUGUGGUUGAUUCCGAUAGUCGUCGGAUGGCUGCAACUCUCCCCAAAAUGCAACUUCGAGCGCUUACAAGCUGCGUAUGACCGUGCAGACAGACAUAGUAUGCACAUAGGAACAAAAGACGUUCGUCAUGGUGUCGGGGCGCUUCCUGCGUCAUCCCGGCGAGCGUUGGCAAUCACUGCCAAAGAGAAUGAUGUGAUGUCACCAGACGAACUGUUCACCCCUCCGGUGUUCAAUUACUCGCGUUCGCUACGAUGGGCAUCUACAGCAGAGACUGUCUUCGCGGUGUUCAAAGAAGACUCAGAGGCAUCAGAGAAGGUUCAUAGCCAUCUUCCUGCUGGUGGGAGUGAUGGGAACGAAUCUGACAAUUACGACAAAAAGGACCGACGCGGGUCCCUCCAAUAUUCCGUUAUGUACUGUGCAGAACCCGACGGGGUGCAGAGUCAAUGCAGCCAUUGGGCACCUGGUGUGUUCACAAGAAUGUUCACCGCUUCCUGCGCUUCGCUUGCAUUACAAUGGGGGACAGUCGGAGCAGCAUUUGUGGUGGGGUGGUUCACUCCUACAACAAAAAUCGGGUGUCGAUCUUUGGGUUAUCUCCUUUAUGGAGCCAUUUCGACGUUAGUUUGGAUGAUGCUCCUGAUAUCCAGUAUUCUCGCCCACUCUGCCGCCGCUGACCCUCGCCGAGCAUCGCUAUCUACGCGUGUUGCUUUGGCGUUUUCGCACAUUCUGCGGUGGACGGGCAAAUUGUUUGCCAUAUUAAACUUUUUUUUGGCGAUCAUGGCGUCUGUAUUCCAGUACUCCAACUUCUAUGAUAGGUGUUUCUGCAAUUCCAGCGUGUUUAGCAGGGGAGGGGCAGCGUAUGAUGUGAUUAUCGAAACCACAGCCCAAGCUGCACAGGCUAAGGCUGCCUGGAUCGGUGCGCUUGUCUUAGCGUGCACAUCAGCAUCAGCUUUCCUUGGUAUCCUGAACCUUUUGUUGGACACUCUACCAUCGUAG